CAAGAACGAUUUUACAUUCCAAAACUCCAACUUGGAAAGACUGAAAAAGAUGAGGCUUUUCUGUCUAUUAUUUCUGGUCGACCAUCGUAUUGGUAUUCGUAGGUCUAGGUGUGUCUCCUGAAUCAAGCAGAUUUCCUCGGAAAUAAGUUCUUGAGUCGUAGCCAUUGUUCAAGAUGCUUUACAUUUGCUUUUCGGUUCUCCUCUAAAGAACGCAACAACUUCUCCACCUACCAUGCCUGAUAAAAUGAGAGGUCGUGGCUCCCCAACAUCCGCCUCCGACAAGACCGCUCAACAUGGUGGCGCGCCAACAUCGAGAUUGUGCCUUCCAGCAAUGAGUAGGCUGUUUUUUACAGCUCUGGCCGUCGAUCCCCUUAGGGUGAUGCUUUUGCUCGAUCUCCGUUCCCUCUUCUUUUCCCCGAGCGCCACCGAGACCAGAGGCGAAAGUAACCAGAGCGGGAUGAUGAAAGAUGAAGGACGAGUCGGAGUCUCGUCAAUCUGGAACUACCAUGACAAAGCAUCGUCUAUAUCUCUGCUUUCUCAACACUUACACUUCUGCCACGCGCACCGGAUUGGACGACAUGCCACACGUAAAACCAGGAUCAUGCGGAAAAAGUCGAAAAUCAAGGCUGCCAUCGCGACGGCUUCUAAUCCUGUUGAGGAUGUCCAUGUCGAUGCCGGGAUGGACUUCGAGGACACACACGAGCAGGGUAAGGAGCCGGCAUUAUCCUCGAGGAAGCCUUCUGCUGCUGCUUCGCAAGCGCUUUUUUCAGCGGAUGCGCGACAAGGUGGUCCUGGAUCUUCUGUUUUCGCCUCCAGUGGGAGCUCUUCGUCCUCAGCAUCAUCGCUAAAAACCUCCACAGCAUCAAAGCAGGAACCUAGACUACCGAUAGCAGUAGCGAGAUCUUCCAAGCAUAGAACGCGCAGACACGACGAUUCUCCUGCACCAGACGAGAGGAGGUACAAGAGCAACGAGAACGACCACGAACAGCAAGACUUCAUGCAACAGCAACUUCCGGCUCCGGCAGAAGCUGUAGCGGUGUCUUUUUCUUCAGACAAAGCAAACAAGGUAGUUUCUUCUCAUCGUCGCCACCCUCGGGCGAAAACAAACGGUCCCAUUCGGGAGCCACUAGACCCAGGCUGUGGUAGUUUUUGGCCCUCGACCACCGGCGGACAAUGUCUACAGCACGAUUGCGCAGCACCACGACCAGCAGUUCCCUGUGUUGACGGUUGUACUUGCCUGCCUUACGUUCCCACCAGUUUCAGUCACUUCCAGAGCCACCUGCAGGGGUACUACCCAACGACAAAGAAUUGUCUGUCGUUCAUUCACUCGCUGCCCUCGCGCAGCAGCCGGAGCUCCCCGAGUUCGCCGACCCGAAGCUUGAGCUCGGUUUUACUUCAUAGCAGAGAAGACGGGCACGAGGUGGAGAACCAUGGCGACUCCUCGACGCACAAAAACUCAGGCAGAAGUCCUCAGUGUCACGGGACGAAAGACGCAGCAUCUUCGUUGAACUUCUGUUCGUCCCCGAAGAUGUGCUUGGUGGACAGCCGAGCAAGACUUGGUGCUCAGUGGCACUCAGUGGAUCAUCGAGUUCGAGUAAGACAUCAUGAUCAUUUCAGAAAUGCAAAAAUAAGAACCCAAAACACAAGAAGUACUUACACCAUGAGCCGUCCCCGUGUGCUGUACGUCUUUCUGCAAGCCGACCCGGACAACAGUUUUCACCCGGCUAUCAAGCAGUUGUGCGAACAAACGCAAGAAAACGCCGCGGUGGAAUUUCUCAUCAAGCUUCGUCCAAAACUGCCGGAAGACCUGCCGUUCUGCGAAAAAUGCGAGAUUUUGAUGAUCUCCCCUUUCACCGGCGGGGGCAAUGGUGCGUUGCUGGCGAACUGUUUGUCUAACCUGAAAAAUUUGAAAUGGAUUCACUCCCUCUCCGCUGGCGUGGACAUGAUCGUCCCGACGCUGCAACAGCACUACCUCGGUGGCAUGAUGAGCACAACAGGGUCUACUUCAUCUUCUGCCGGUGCCGCAGCACAGCUGAAAAUGCCACCUUUGACGAACGCGAAGCACGUAUGGGAGUGUCAGGAUCGAAAUCAACAAAAUCGAAGUGAUUUGUGA